GAAAUACAGACUACGAUGUAGGGAGCAAAGUUGUUUUAUUUGAUGUUCUGUAGCUGCGUUAAGACUUUUUCCCUCGUGUUGUGUUCACACCAGCGAUGACGUGUGUGGCUCUUGUCUACGUUGCGCAGCUCUACACAGGUGCAGCAGUUCGGUGUUACGAGUGCGACAUCAGGGUGUUUGUUGUUCUUCUUCUCUGCUUUUAUUGGCUGCUCACAGAACAACUUUAAAGGUGCAUGCCACCACCUACUGUGUGAAGAUGCUGCACUUGUUAAGUCAACAAAAGCGAUUUGGCUUUGUACUAUCGGCUAUAUUUAUCUACUAGAUUAUCAUUAUCUGCUGAUAAAUGAUAAUGGAAAUUUUCCAUUAUUCGUGUGUAGAAACAAGGCAGAAGAAGGUAGAAAGGAGCAAAGAAAAGGGGAAAAAAGAGCACCGGAGAUGAAACAAAUGCAACCAAUAUCAAUAUCCAAGCCACCUUCUGUCUGUGUGUGCGUGUGUGUGUGUGGGGGUGGUGACGGGUUGCAUUUGUUCCUUCCCCGCGGACUAAAUUGCUCUGUGAAAAAGACUCAGUUAUUAGAGAGAGAGAGAGAGAGAGAGAGAGAGAGAGAGAGAGGAGGGGUGGGGUAAACAGUGGUGAGGUAGGAGAGAGAGAGAGAGAGAGAUCGAGGCAGUCGAUGUUACCUAGAGGGAGCGGCAGACAGACGGAGAGAGAGCAGAGCUGCUGUAUCUCUGAGUGACAGCCCAGCCAGCGUUCAGUGACACAGGACAGAAGAGGACGACGGACGGGCGCGGCUGCUGCAUGCGGUAACCAUGGCGCAGCCGAGCGCAUCGCCAGGCGUUCGUCGCCGUAGCGAUGGCUCAGUGAGAGAGUCUCUGUUCUUUCCUGUUUCUGAACGCAACGAGCAGGAGAGGCUGGAGGCCCUGGUCCGCCGGAGAGCUGGGGGUGCCGAGAGACGAGGAGGAGGAGGAGGAAGUGGAGGAGGGGGGGAGGCGCGGGACCACCUGGAUAACAGGCCUAAACGCUGGACGUGGGGAGGACCGCCUGACGGAGUAGAGGGUAACCCUAAGACCCCGCCCUGCCAUGCCAUUGGCUCUGCUCAGCCCAAUGAGCUUCCUGCUGCUUCCAACGCCAACCAAUCCCGUAACGCUGUUGACUUCCUGUCUCCACCCGCGAUGGAUCCGCCAAUCAACAAACAGCUGUCCAACUCUUCAGCCGCCCUGCAUUCACCAGAGAGAGUGUCUUUUGUGUCCCAACGAACAGCUUCCCCCAGCAACCAGAGACCGUACAGAAGUUCCUCAAACCGCAGGAGCAUCGCUGGAUUCCCUGAUGAGACGUCCAAAGCCAAAACACCCACGGGUGAGUCCCCGAACACACCGGCCCGCAGCUCUUCCUUCAGGGCCAACAGCAAGGGCCCCGCCACACCGAAACGGGUGAGGUCAAACAGGAGUCGCGCCCAGUCGCCCUGUUCCCCCGGCCAGUACCCCCCCUCCCCGCUCCGGCAGAGGGCCACCACCCCUGGCACUGACGACAGGGGCCACGCCGAGGUCAAAGGUCACAGCACACUGGAGAGGAAAUCAACCAAGUCUGAGACGUCGGAGAAAAAGAUCCCGAAAUCCACCAGCAAAGAACUGAAUGCAGAGUCUCCCGGCACGCCCACAGGCAGGAGUGUUGGUGGGACGACGGACGCUGAGGAGGCGUCCAGACUGCUGGCAGAGAGAAGACGUCUGGCCCGAAUACAGAAGGAGCAGGAGGAGAGACAACGGCUGGAGGAUGAGAGGUUGAGGGCCGAGGAGGAGCUGAGGAGGCAGCAGGAGGCGAGAGAGAGGCAGGAGAGAGCUGCCAUGCAGGCCGAGGAGGAGAGAGUGAGGCGGGAGGAGGACAGGAGGAACAAGGAGGACGAGGAGCGACGACAGAAGGAGCAGAGAUGGAAGGACAUGCAGGAUCAGCUGGACAGAGAGAGGGAGGAAGCCUUCCUGCGAGCCCAGAAAGAGGCAGAGAGGAAGAGACAGGAGAGAGAGCUGCUGCACAUCCAGGAGGAGCAGGAGAGACUGCAGAGGAAGAAGAGAAUUGAGGAAAUCAUGAAGAGAACACGCAAGAGUGAAGUGGAGCCUCUGUCCACUGCUGCGGCGCCUGACAUGAGGGCAGAAGCUGCGGUCGCCUCAGAGGAGGACGCCCCGACUCCGGCUGAAACCCCCGUCAUCAUGCUCGGACCGCUGGAGAAGAGCUGCGUGGACGAGCUGUCUGACGGAGUCCAGUCCAUGGACGUCAGUCCAGUGUCCAGGGAGGAGCAGGCGAGCGCUCAUGAGUUUUCACCGGUCACAGAGGGGACGGACGGCUGCCCCCUCGAGCACCUGAUGGACCUCGACGGCCACGGACGAGGACAGCGUCAGGGUGCAGAGACGCCCCCUUACCCCAAACUGCAGGCUGGCAGCGGGGUGGGAGACCUCAACAAGAACCUGCUGAUUCAAGCUUAUAGCGCCGCCUCUGAAUCCUCCCAGCUCAUCCACAGCGUCGGCCCGAGCAAACUGGACGUCCAGUAGCCAGGAGCUUUUCAGGAGCCGGUGGGUUCAGUAGAAACAGGAGCCAGGAGAAACAGACCAAGAGACCUUCACCUCUGUCUGCAACAACAACAACAAUCAUCACUUCCAUAAGGAACAAAUGCUGAAUAUGUCACGUCACAUCUGUAUUACCAAACGUCGCAAACUCAUAACAGUAAAGCUUCUGGACACAUCUUGAGGCAGUGCAAACGGGCAACUCUGACUCACAGACACAGCAAAGUUUGUUAGAAUCAUGCAAAUAAUGUGAAGUAUAUUUGUGGGGUGGUUAUGUGACAGAGCAGGAAGCGGGAACGUCAUUGUUGCAUGUUUUAGGAAAGAAAAUCGACUGUAAACUUAUAAAACUCACUGUACAGGCACAAGUUCCAGGUCAAAAUCUGCACACAUCAACUUCUUCAUUUACACAUUUCACAUUUUUUGCAUUUAAGACAUUUCACUCAAUCCUCCAACAUCAUACUGCAUCUUUUUACAAAUGUGUGUCCCUAACAAACAUCAUCUCCUCUCCAUCAGUUUCUGUCGAGUCAGCAUUGCCCAGCUGCACUGCCACAUAACAUCAAGUAUCAUCCGCUUCAUACGGAAGCCUUGACAAGUGAGAGAAAAAACAUCUGGGGAUCUAUUUCAAGGUCUGACUCAAAUCGUUUUCUCUCCCGUGUUUACGACUGAAGAGCAGAAGAAAAAGGUUUCGUCAAAUAAAUAAAAGGUUUGUCAGGAUCAUUUUUUUUCACCCUUUCCCACCGCUACUAAAAAAAUAGAAAAUCCUGACAACUUCCAGUUUCACAGAUUUAAAAAAUAAAGAAACUUAGUUUGAUUAUCAUAGUCAAGCUUUUUCUCCCCGCCUGUUCUCGUGUCAUAAACACUGGAGAGGAAACAAUUAAGAGUAGACUUAGAAAAUGGAUGACUGGGGUUUUCUUUAGUUUUUUUUUUGUUUUUUUUUUCACUUGCCUCUCUGGGCUUCCGUAGCUUUAACCUCUGCUUUUGUAAAACUGUAAAUAGAUCUGUCUGGGUGGAGGAGUCGGUCAUGGCAGGCGCAGGGAGCGGCUCUGAGGGAAGCCGUGGAUCAGACACUGUUGUGUGAAUACUGUGUAGCAUCUUCAGUGAGGACUAGCUAGUUGAGCUGUUUAUGGUUGUAGCUGUGUACUUCAACAGUGUGUGAGAGUUUCUCUCUUUCUGUCGGUGUUUCUGAUGGUUCCUGUGUGUUAAUCUCACCUCCGACCUGCUCUACUGCUGACUGCUGACUUCUGUCAAACCCGGUCUGCUGUAGAUUUCCUGUCACCAUGAAGCUGGAGAAACUCAUCAAACAACUGAUAUUAUAACCCCGCUGUUGACCCGUAACACUUUUAGCCUUUAGCUUUGUUUUUUCUGCUGCUCAUCGAUGGACGUUUUGUGGAGUUGCAACAAUCCACAGCAGGGAUAUGAAGAAAAAAACCUGGGAGGGGAAAACGGGCGGGGGAAAAAAAAAUCUGUGAAAUGUCCUGUGUUUUUAUCUGCAGGUCAGGAAACAUUGACACGUGUGUUGUGUAUUUGUCUGGCACUGACUGUAACCACGCUAGCUGCAGUUUAUAGUGUGCACUUACAGUAGUCGUGUGUUUCACUGCUCUGAAGACGCUUGUAUCUCCACCUCAGCUCAUCCCACCCCGACUAAAAUAUACCUCACCGAUUCAGAACAGACUCUGGUGUGAAACAGCGUUCACCACCUCGCAGCUCAUCACCUCUGAGGCCUUAAACCUCUGUGCAGUCAGCAUCUUCCCUUAAGACAACCCGUCCUCUGUGCUUUGCCUUCAGGCUGUGUUUCAUCCAGCAUGUGCACUUUCGCUGUUUAACGGCCCUUUUCCACCCUGAUAUCCUGGAAGUAGACAAACAAGAACUGCAAAUACUCCCUGAGGAGGUCUGAGUUUGGAUUUCAGCUGCACCUGAUGAGGCAGAUCAGACGGAAGUGACUGAGACAGUUAGUUAUGGGAAAGCAAGUCAGAAUUACCACCAAGGUUCAUUUGAGGGUGAUCAGAGUUACCCAGGGUCGUAGAUACUAAAGUAAUAAGACCAGACUCCCACAGCAGAACCUCUUCCAACUAAAAUAAAUUGAGUCUCGCACCAAACUCUGUCAAAACUUCUGAGUGUUUAUGGAAAACAGUGAUUUUUUUUUGUAGGCAAAAUGCUGUUAUGGAAAAAAUACAGGAAACACUUCACCAGACCAUAAUGUUUCCUUCUUUCCUUGAUUUUUCCUUUUCCUUGAGUUUGGUUGAUGACUGGUCAAAAAAACAUUAAGAAUUUAGCUUUUUUUAAAAUCAGUUUCACUUCUUGUAAAUUGUACUUCAUUGCAUUAUGUUUGGUGCCAUUUAUGUAAUUCUGAUGAAAAGUGCUAAAUUACUUUAAUGUUUUUUGAUCAGAUACCAAACAAACUCUGUACAAAUGUCUGAGCAUUUAAGGAAAACCACAUUCUGUUGCAUCCAUUCAGACAUUCAGUCAUAUAUUUUUGUAAAUUCAACAAUAUCUUCUAACUUUAUGGUUUGGCGGCACUGAAUUCGUAGCAUUUUUCCUGAAAAAUCAUCAAAGUCAUAUAUUUAUCCAACUGUUUCAUUACAUUUAUUGUAAAUUGGUCCCCCCUCCCACAUUGUCCCAUCCCUUAAUUUCAGUAAAAAAUAUUAACAAGCAACAACUGACAAGCCACCAACCAAACUCUGUACAAUUUUUUGCAUAUUUAAGGAAGAAUCCCAUUAAAUCUGUUGAGUUGGUUAACAGAAGGUGGUGUCCAGGGUAGGCUAAUGCUGCUGCUGCUGAAACCAUCACAGCGCCUUUUUAGGAGGGUAGGAACUGUGAGGAAGGAAUCAAAUUUGGAUCCUGGUGCAAAGAAAGCUCUUUGAAAUCCUUCUAGAUGUGGAAAAGCGGCUGCACUGCUCCUCCAAGGUGCCACGUUGAGGGAAGAAAAGUGUUGACCCGUCACUGCUGCAACCUUCAGCGCGUUUGCUUUUAUGUUUUUUUUUUCCCGCUCACCUGACGGCUUCCCUCUCUCCACGUUAGCUCCUCCAAAUUCUGCUGAAACUCAUUGUAAGAGGGUCUCCUGGGUCCCCCUUGUAUAUGAAGUCAAACUAAAGGACAUAAUGUUUAUCCUAAUAUUACUUAACUCUGUGACACUGCAGCUUGGUGGAAUAUAUCAUUGUAGAUGUGGUGCAUGGAUAACUGCUGAAAAAGAACAAUAAACUCCAUCAACCCA